AUGUUGACCCAACUCGAGGAAAUCGCUCUCGCCACCGGCAGUGUAGCGGGAAAGUCUCUGUACCUCAUUCCGUUCACCCUUUUAGUUCUCUUCGCAAUCAAUCGUGUCAAGGUCUGGUGGCGCCUACGUCAUUUCAAGGGGCCAUGGCUUGCGUAUGUUUCCUCUUUCCCGGCCGCUCAGUACGCCACCUCUGGCAAAAUGUGGUGGCAUUACACGGAAGUCAACAGGAAGUACGGUGAACUCGCCCGUAUCGGUUCCAACGAUCUUGUCUGCAGCGACCCGGAAGUCAUCCGAUAUAUGUCAUCGGUACGUUCGGGCUGGCAUCGUUCGGAUUGGUAUGACUCGAUGUCUUUCGAUCCGUACUGCAACAACGUCAUCAAUACGAAAGAUCCAGUCGCACACGACAAGAUGAGGGCCAAGUUGGUUCAAGGUUACGCCGGAAAAGAGAACUCCACCCUGGAAGCCGAUAUUGACAGACAAGUGGCCUCUUUUGUCUCCCUAAUCAAGAGAAAGUACAUUUUCUCGCCUUCUUCAAACCCGAGGUAUCUUGACUUUGGCAUGGCCGCACAGUACUUCACUCUCGACGUCAUCACGUCCCUCGGCUUCGGCUUCCCCUUCGGUUACCUCAAGCGCGACGAGGACGUCCACGAGUAUGUCAAAACGACGAAAGCCGUCAUCCCCGUCCUGGUCCUCUCCUGCUGCUACCCGGUCAUGAACAAGAUCCUCGGGCACCCGUGGGUGCGCGCAAUCACCGGCCCGCACACCGGAGACGAGGUGGGGCUGGGCAAGCUCAUGGGCCUGGCGCACGAGGUGGUCGGCAAGCGUUUCGGGCCCGAAGCCGAGGACAAGCAGGACAUGCUGGGCUCAUUCGUACGCCACGGCCUGCCGCGCCGCGAGGCCGAGUCGGAGGUCCUGCUGCAGCUCUCCGCCGGCAGCGACACCACGGCGACGGCCGUCCGCGCGACAAUGCUGCACCUGCUGACGACGCCGGGCGCGCUAUUCAAGCUCCGCAGGGAGAUCGAUAGAGGGACAGAGGGGGGCAGGAUCUCAACCCCCAUCACCAACGCCGAGGCCAAGGAACUGCCGUACUUGCAGGCGGUGAUCAAGGAGGGGUUGCGCAUGCAGCCGCCGUUUAUCGGACUGCUGGCUAAGGAAGUGCCGCCGCAGGGGGAGGUCAUCAAUGGCAUGUUCGUGCCGGGCGGCACCAAGAUCGGGCAUAGUAUCUAUGCUGCGGAGCGGUCGGAGAAGGUCUUCGGGAAGGACGCGGACGCCUUCAGGCCCGAGAGGUGGCUUGAGGAGCCGGAUGAGAAGAAGCUGAAGCUGAUGGAGGAUACUCAGCAACUCGUGUUUGGCUAUGGCCGUUGGGGCUGCUUGGGCAAGAGCAUUGCAUUGCUCGAAUUGAACAAGGUGUUUGUUGAGCUACUCCGUGUCUUUGAUUUUGCCCUUGUCAACCCGGGGAAGCCGUGGAAAGCAGACAACUACAACCUUUGGAUGAUCGACGAGAUGUGGCUUCGUGUGUCAUACCGGGAGGAUAUCAAUUUCGAGAAGACAUGA